AUGAUAUCCACACACUCGUUCAAGUCCCUCGUUCUUACCAGCCUCCUACUCCAAGUUGGCUGGUCUCCACUCGUUCACGCCGCACCCUGGAUAAUCACCGAAGCAAACCAAGUCGUCCCCAUAACGCAGCUCGCCUACGACUCAAACGAAGACUACAUAACAAAAACAACCACGUCCAUCGAAGCAAUCAUUCCAACAGUAACUUCCCUCCCCGAAGCCCUGUCAACAAUAACCCAAACAAACACAUACUACGGCGACACCAUCACCGCAGUCGAAAAACUAUACCCCUCUGGCGUCGGCACAGCCAUAGACUUCAACGCCGGCUAUUAUGACGAUUACUACAGUUCGGAUUCAAAACAUACAACCGUCUUCGUAGUCGAUUUGACCUACACCGCGCCCACAGGCUGCUCAUCUACAUGGACAACUACGACAGCCGCAACAUUGAGCGCUCUGCCCGCUACACUUUCCGCCCUGUUGCCCAGAACCCGGACUUCUGUCUCAUUGUCCGUUGAUACGAGCAUUGCCUUUCAACCGACGACUUACACAUACGAUCAAGUCUGGGUAGAACCCACCCAGGUCCCCGCUACCUCACUCGCCUCACUGCGCAAUCGAAAUUACCCCUCUAGUCUUUAUGGAGCCGGGGCCAAUUGUUACUAUCACUCCUCCUACGCCGACGGCACCGAUUCCACUACCGAUAGGUACGAUCCCAAUACGGGCCUGAGCUCCGGGCCUGGUUCUACUACUUUUACCCCUGGCACUUCCUCUGGAUCAAAUUCUGACUCUGGCUCCGGCACCAGUUCUUCAUACCCAUACGAUUAUUACGGUUACUGGGGCGAAUACGACGAAUGGAACGGGAAAUACUACAGCGGGAUCAGUCUCCUAGCAAUCGUCCUAAUCAGUACCCUAGGCUGGAUAGGAAUCUGGUUCCUAGCCGGAAUUCUUGAAGCAUUCAUUCGAUUCCGUCGUCUAAUGCUCGGCUGGCAGACUCGUCGAGGAUUACCUGUUUGUUGGGCGAUGACCAUUCUCCCGCUGUCAUUAUGUUGUCUGUGGGGGUUUAGAAAGGGGUAUCGGGCGCGGUCGGUGGAUGAUGCGGCUAUUUUGAAAGAGAGGUGGGAGAAGAUGGGAUUUUGGAAAAAGUUUGCCCUGUUUUGGGUUUGGGGGUUUAGAUAUAAGUAUCCUACUGUUUUGGGUCCCGCGCCGCCACAGGUUAGGGUUUCUAAGAGGCCUGGUUAUGCUUGGGGUGGGUAUGGGUAUGGGAAUGCGGAUGGGGUUCAUCCUGCGCCGUUGUUGGGGGGCUGA